AAAGGGAAUGACAUUCUUCGAUAGGACAAACACGAGACUGUCAUGUCUGACAUGAUGAUGCUUUCUAGCUGAAUGCAUUGAGCAGUAAUUUGUCGAAUUGUUUCGUAAUUGUAAAUAACAAAAUGACAACGUUAACCUGUAGGUUUAUAAGACUUGGCGAUUCUUUACUAAAAGCAGCGCCAGUAAUCAUCUGUCGUGCUGGAGCUCAACUUCAGAGCAGAGCUCCUGUCGUUCAGUGUGUAAGGACACAUAACACAGACACCUGGUGGGAUGAGCACCUCACAGAAGAUAAUGCAUCCUUUCUAAAAAAGACAUUUGGGGAGGAAUACAAACAGCAGAUUACGGACAAACUUAACCCGCUCAAGGACGAACCCUGGCCCAGACAUGAAUGGGCAGAAGGGAGUCGGAGAGUUGGCCUUGUGGCAGUCAAACUUGGAAUGCUGCCUGUCUGGACCAAAUCUGGAGAGAGGCACGUGGUCACUAUGCUGCAGGUGCAGGAUUGUCAUGUGGUUAAACACCUGUCCAAAGAAGAGUUCGAUGGACGCACCGCAGCUCUGAUUGUUGGAGGAAAGAACGUCUCUCCAUUUCAUAGGACGGAGGGAUAUUUAGAAAUUUUCCGGAAUGCAGGAGUUCCACCCAAGCAGAAGCUCACCACGUUUUGUGUGACGGACAACGCUAUCAUCAAACCAGGAACUCCUCUCUAUGCGGCUCACUUCCGCCCAGGCCAGUAUGUGGACAUAACAGCCAAAACUAUUGGAAAGGGCUUUCAGGGUGUGAUGAAGCGCUGGGGGUUCAAAGGUCAACCAGCUUCCCACGGACAAACUAAGACGCACAGGAGGCCAGGCUCCCUGGGACCCGGAGGGGACCCAGCCAAAGUUUUCAAAGGAAAGAAAAUGCCUGGCAGGAUGGGAAACAUUUACGACACAACUCAUGGCUUAAAGGUGUGGAGAGUGAACACCAAAUAUAACGUCCUGUAUGUCAACGGAUCUGUACCAGGCCACCGCAACUGCAUGGUUAAGGUGAGGGACUCAACUCUGCCAAAUCGGUUGGAGAAGAACAAGAGCCCACCAUUUCCCACCUUCUUCGUUGAUGGAGAUGAGGAGCUCCCUGAAGAUCUCUUCCAUGACGAUAUUUUCCAAUUUGGGGAGCCCAUCCCUGAAUGAGGUCGCAACCCUUAAAACUGUUCCUGCUACACUGCUCGAAAAGGCAGGAGGGAUCUUUUGACCCUUGAAAUGGCUGGCUGUAUUUCAUCCAGUGGCUUCAGUGCAGCUGGGAUGCUUGGAACGUGACAGAUGUACAAAGGAACUCGAAAAGUGAAACAAGAACAUUUUCAUGUAAUCCUGAGUAGGGCCUUAUACUUCUGUGUAGUAAAACACGGUGUUAAAUCAUUUGUGUACUUAAAGAAUAAAACCCAUUUGUUAUAA